GUGGUCCUCAGGAGCCAGCCCCAGACUCAAGAAAGAUGUUUACUGUGAGGAUCGCCUGCCUGGUGCUGAGUGUGGCCAGCACAGUAUGGACUAUGGACACUGGCGAAGGUGACUUUAUAGAACAAGGAGGACAGGGGCGUGGCCCAAGAAUUAUGGAGAAACAGCAGUCUGCCUGCAAAGAGACAGACUGGCCCUUCUGCUCCGAUGAUGACUGGGGCCCAAAAUGUCCUUCUGGCUGCAGGAUGAAAGGGCUGAUUGAUGAGGCCAAUCAAGAUUUUACCAACAGAAUAAAUAAGCUCAAAAAUUCACUGUUUGAUUUUCAAAAGAACAACAAGGAUUCCAGUUCAUUGACCAGAAAUAUAAUGGAGCUUCUGAGAGGGGACCUUGCCAAAGCCAAUAAUUAUGAUAACACAUAUAACCAAGUGUCAGAAGAUCUGAGAAGCAGAAUUGAGAUCCUGAAGCGCAAAGUCAUGGAGAAAGUACAGCACAUUCAGCUUCUACAGAACAACGUCAGGGCUCAGCUAAUAGAUAUGAAGCGCCUGGAGGUGGAAGUUGAUAUUAAAAUCCGAUCUUGCAAAGGGUCGUGCAGUAGGGCUUUGUCUAGAGAGCUCCGCCUGAGUGACUACGAGGACCAGCAGAGACAGCUGGAGCAGGUGAUGGCCAAAGACCUGCUUCCCCCGAGAGAGAGUCAGUACUUCCCGAUAAUAAAGAUGAGGCCCAUGCCAGACUUGGUUCCGGGCAGUUUCAAGAGCCAGCUGCAGACGGCCCCUCCGGAGUGGAAGGCCCUAACGGAGAUGCAGCAGAUGCGGAUGGAGCUGGAGGGCCCGGGGAGGGAGGGCAGCCCGGGGAGGGCGGGCAGCCCCCGGGGAGACGCUGCGGGCUACGUCGACGAAGCGGGGCCGGUGACCGAAAGCCCCAGGCACCCGCGCCCCGGUGGAGCCGGACACUGGAGUUCGGGACCCGGAACGGAUGGAAGCCGGAACCCGGGGACGACCGGGGCUGGGGGUCCCGGACGCUGGCAGCAGCCGGGGGACACCGGUUCGAGCCCCAGCGGAAGCUGGAACACGGGCGGCGCCGGGAGCUUUCGGCCGGACGGCUCCAGCCCGGACUGGGGUGAGUUCACCGAGGAGUCCAGAGGCCCGGCGACGAGGAAGGAGCAGCUCGCGGGCCGGCUGCCGGCCGCCAAAGCCGACAAGGAGCUGCUGAUCGGCCGCGAGAAGGGGGCGCCCUCCGCGGGGGGCCCGGCCUUCGCCCGCCGCGCCUGCUCCAAGACGGUCACCAAGACGGUGAUCGGGCCCGACGGCCGCAAGGAGGUGACCAAGGAGGUGGUGACCUCCGAGGACGGCUCGGACUGCGGCGGCGACGCGGCCGACCUGGGGCUGCAGGGCUUCGGCAGCCGGGGCAGCCUGGACGAGCUGGCCCGCCGGCACCCCGACGUGUCCUCCUUCUUCGGCGCCGGCGCGCUCGAGCCCUUCUCCGCCUUCAAGGAGCCGGGCGGGGGCGUGGACGGCGACAUCUUCGCCGACCUGGAGCACGGCGGCGGCGGCUCGCAGGCCGAGCCGUGGUCGGGCGGCACGGCCACCCACCACAAGCUGGUGACCAGCAGCAGCAGCAGCAGCACGAUCAGCAGAGGGGGCUCCGCCUCCGGGACCAAGAACUAUAAAAUGGCAGACGAGGCCGCCGGCGAAGAGGCUCGCUCCACCAAGAGAGGCCGGGCGAGGCCUCGCCCCGCCAGAGACUGUGGUGAUGCCCUCCAAACACACCCUGCAGGUGCCCAAAGUGGCAUUUUCCCUAUCAAGCUCCCGGGAUCCAGUAAGGUGGUUUCUGUCUAUUGCGAUCAAGAGACCGGUCUGGGAGGAUGGCUUUUGAUCCAGCAAAGGACGGACGGGUCGCUGAAUUUUAACCGGACCUGGCAAGACUACAAGACGGGCUUCGGCAGCCCGGACGAGCGGGGGCAAGGAGAGUUCUGGCUAGGCAACGACCUCCUCCACGGGCUCACGCGGCGGGGCGCGGUGCUGCGGGUGGAGCUGGAGGACUGGGCGGGGAACCGGGCCCACGCCGAGUACCACUUCCGCGUGGGCUCCGAGGCCGAGGGCUACGCGCUGCACGCCUCGGCCUACCGCGGCACGGCGGGCGACGCGCUGGUGGCGGGCUCGGCCGAGGAGGGCGCGGAGUACACGGCCCACCACGGCAUGCCGUUCAGCACCUUCGACCGCGACGCCGACCGGUGGGAGGAGAGCUGCGCCGAGGUCUACGGGGGAGGCUGGUGGUACAACAGCUGCCAGGCAGCCAACCUCAACGGCAUCUACUACCCCGGGGGCGCCUACGACCCCCGCGACAACAGCCCCUACGAGGUGGAGAACGGGGUGGUGUGGGUGCCCUUUCGGGGGGCCGAUUACUCCCUGCGGGCCGUGCGCAUGAAAGUCAGGCCCCUGGACGCCCCGUAGG